UCGGUCAGUUGGAGUCAGAUAGCGGUUGGCGGUCGGUGUGAGAGGAGGUUGUAGUCGCUCGCUCUUCCCUGGCUACCUCACUCCGGACACCGCACGUCGCUUACCGUGCUAUAUCGCCGAGACGCGACAACUAACGGCGAAUGUUUUUUUUCUAGUUUGUUUGUGAUCCAGUGGCAGAUUUUUGAGGUUAUUUAUAGUGGGGAUGUAAAGAAAUAUUUGAUAAAAAAAAUUAUUAAUGACUCGGAACUAACGUAGGCGUAUGUACGAAAUAGUGUACUAUGAUGAAAGUUUCAGCAGAAGAGAAGCAACCCCACUUUGAUCUGAGAAUGGGGAAAAGACUUUCGACAUUUUCAGAAAGUAGCAUUUAGAAGCAAAAUACAGACAAGAUUAUUAACGUAGUAUAAGCCACUGAUGAAGAACUAAGGCCUAACAAAACCCCUGCAGUGACAUCUUGUAAAAGUAGGUUAACUCCUUGGAAAAGUAAGGAAUACUGUGACUGAUCCAUCAAAUCAAAGGAAGUUCAAGAGGUGACAAUGCUAGACCAACUUGGAUUCGAGACGCUCGACCUAUGACCCCAUGCGGGAGAGGAGAGAGUGACGGAAGUUCUUGCGAGUUCAAGGUCGUUUCCCGAGGAACAAGUUUCAUUUUUAUACGUUGACUUCGAGGUGUGGCUCCUAUCCAUUCGUAGUAUUAUAUUUAUUGGUUUCUUAUAGUUACUGCCUAGGCCUAAUGGUGGGCUGCAUUCCUCUGGUGUAAGAUCGUUGUCUCAAGGUUCGUAAGGUUAAACGCUUUGUAAUAAACAUUGUUCCUUCGCUUGUAAGUGGUAUUCAGUCAAUUAAAAUGUUAAACUACGCUGCUAAUCUCGGUCCACUGAAUGACACCGGAAACAUCCUGGGGCACUGGGGGAGCCCCCAAGAUGCUGGUGCCCGGACGGGAGCUUCGUCCCCUCCUUCAGAAUCUACGGCGAGCAAGUCACCUGUCGUCAAGAUCGUCCAUCCAAUCACCAUUCAGUCAGAGAGGCCACAGGACAGAUCACCCAGGAAGAGGGACCGCAGGACGGCCGGACUCCUACUGAACCCUGGAGGUUCCCCUGAUAUGCCACAGGGUAUGAGGGAACCCGAAUUUAAAGGGGAAAUUCACCCCCCACCAACCAAGAUGUCCCGUCUGGGCAUGUACGAGACGUACCAACCGUGGGUCCUGCAGACCUACGGAGACUCUGCCAAGACGAAAACGAUCACCAGGAAUAAAUACCAAAGAAUCCUGCAGAUCCUUCGUGGUGAUUACGUCGACAAUGAGACGUCUAAGUUCAAACUGUGGGUCAAAGGCCGCGGAUUUAGGAUUGGGCCGCCCCCAGGGUUCGUGGGGAAUGGCGGAGGAGGCGUGGAAGACACCCUGAAGGACCCCUUGAAGGAACCCCUAGGGAUCACCCAGUUGUCAUCGACGGGUACUCCUGCGUCUAUCGACUAUAAUCCUGAUAAGGAUCCGUUUCCUGAUAUCUACGUACAAACUGGAACGAUCAAGGACCAGGAGGGACACGAUAGAAUUUGCUUCAAAAAGGUUGCGGUCGUGGAGGACUUCUUCGACAUCAUUUAUAAUCUCCAUGUCUGUAAAGAGGGCAAAGACCAGAAGCAUAUGGGACAGAAGAGAACUUACAGAGCGGUGUCGGAGCGUUACGCCUUCGUUCCCCGGGAAGCAGUCACUAAAUUCCUGGUCCUGUGCACCGAAUGUCCCAGGAGGUCGGUUGGUGUUCAUGUGGGCGUGGGCGUUCCCGUAGGCGUGACCACCUUGCCCGGAGGCCCGCAGCUAGCCCCGCCCAUAGCGCCGCCCAUCUCGAGCAGCAUGCAAGUUCAGACACAAACGACCGUUGGAAGCAAAACAUCCGACGAUCGGCUGGGCGAUAAGCCCAGGUUCCUACCCAUGCUGCCUCACCAGCAGCAGCACCAGCACCAGCAACCCCCAUCCCAGCACCAACACCAGCACCAACACCAACACCAGCACCAACACCAGCACCAGCACCAGCAGCCUCAGCCAGUGGCAAAACCUCAGCCGUUGCUGAAGCACCAGCAGCAGCAGACCUUGCCCCACCCCAUCCACAUACAGCCCAUAAAGAUUCAGCCCAAAACCAAAGGAACGGAGACCCAAACUCAGUACAGUCAGCAGCAGACGACCCAUCACCAAAAGCAGUUACAUCCCCAACAACACCAACAGCCACAACAACAGCAGCAGCAACAACAACAACAAUCUAAUUCCAUGCAACAGCAGCAAGCUCAGCAGUCGGAACAGCAGCGGCAAGAACAGCUGCAGAAGCAGCAGCAGCAGCAGCAGCAGGAGCAGGAGCAGAAGGAGAGGGAGGAGGCAUUCGACAAGAAAGUCAGCGCCGUCAGCCACGACUUGGAGUACCGACUGCCCUUCACCAACAUCUACCUGAAGCACUGUCAUCAUCAUAAUAAUAACAACAAUAAUAACAACAACAAUAACAACAGCCUCAAUAACAACAAUAACGCCUUGGGUGACACCAUCUGCAACAGCAUUAACAGGGACGGUGACAUUCCCAACAGCAACAGCAACAGCGCCGAUAACAGCAGCAGCAUCAGCGAUAAGAACAAUGGGAUAUUCCACGGCAGCCCCAUCGACAUCAUUAACAAUAACAACAUCAUCAAAUACAACAAUAAUUUCACCCAGACUCAAAUAAAGGACGGUCCCAAUAAUCUUCCGGAAUCCGAUGGUAGUGAAGACGAACUGAAGAACGCCGACGUCGAGAGAAAGCCAGAGAGCAGAGGGACUGAGUGGUGUCCAUACCAGCCCUUGGGCCUCACCAGAACGACAGACACAACUCGGCGGAGCCCCUGUGCCUCGCCUUCGGGAAGUGAGAGAGCGGCGACGGCGACGCCCUUAGACACCGCCAGCAACGCCGAGGACACUUCCAGCAACGGCAACAAAGACGACGAAGACGAUGACGCCGACGAUGACAACGACGAUGACAAAAUUGACGCACAGUAUGAUCCCGAACGUCUCAAGGCUUUCAACAUGUUCGUCAGGUUGUUUGUGGACGAGAACCUGGACCGAAUCGUUCCUAUCAGCAAACAACCCAAGGAGAAGAUCCAAGCCAUCAUCGACGCAUGCGCCAGACAGUUUCCAGAAUUCGCCGAGAGAACGCGUAAGAGGAUCAGAACCUACCUGAAGAGCUGCAGGAGAAACAAAAGAACGCGCGAUUCCAAUGGUUGGGAAACUCCCUCUCGGCCAACUCCGCCUCAUCUCACAAGCAUCCAGGCUGAGCAGAUCUUGGCCAACGCGUGCGAGAACGAAGCUCAGAACGCCAAAAGAAUGAGACUGGGUCUGGAGCCCAUUGCCCAGCCGAACCCGCUCAACCCACAACCCCAAGCUCAGAUGGGCUCUGACAAGCCGUUGGCCUUAGUUGAUACUGUUGUGAAAACAGAGUCCAAUGCGCCGCAUGUGUCAGCUCUGGCCAAAGCUUUGGAACGUCCGUUGUCAGAAUCUAAAGUAAUGAAUGGGUCGUCGAUGUUCCAAGCAUCAUUCCAACAAAGUUUCCAAAAGGUGUCAUCUCUAACUGGGUCCACUGUUCAUUCACAGCCAGGCCUCGCCCCUAUGUUGGCCACUACCUCUGCAUCCGUCAUCUCCAACGGCCCAACAGAUCUCAGUGUUAAAGGGUCUUCUAAGCCUACACGCCCCACGCUCAAUGCUGUUGAAGUUGCAGCAGUCCGACAGCUCAUAACAGGAUACCGUGAAUCUGCAGCAUUCCUACUGAGGUCUGCUGACGAAUUAGAGAACCUUUUAAUUCAUCAACAAAGUCCGUAGUAGUGUAUGUGUAAAGCUUGAUAUUGUAAGUGUGUAAAUGUGAAGACACUGUAGUGUAUAUUAUUCAAGAAUGAAUUGUACAUGUGGAACUCAAUGGUGUUGUCCUGGCUGUCUCAAUGCUGCUCACUUUUGAAAUGUAUAUGGUACAAUAUCAAUGUUUUCUGAGAAUAUGUAGUAGAACUAGUAAGAUUAUUUAUUUAUAGACUUAGGUCUAAAUUAUUCACAUGCGCAGCAGAAAGCUUGAAUGUAACAAUCAUUGGUGCUGCCUAUUGUGUCAAUCACAGCAGACAGAAUCUAUUAUGAGGUUUAAGUCUCAUCCCCAUCUGGUGGUAAGCAGUUCCCAGUCACUUUAGCUUUUAAAUUCAAGCGCCAUUUUGACAGUCUUAAUUCAGCCAAGCUUUGGUCUUAAGCCUUAUUGUAGAAUUUGGCCAACGCAAACCACAAACCAGUUGAGAUCCACCGAGGGUUACUUCAUAGCAAGAAAGUAGUAUUUAUGUUAAUUCAGUAUUUGAAUCAAAUCAAACUUAUAAUCAAACAGAUGAAAUAUACAUACAUACAUUUAGAAUAGUUUGGGUAGUUUUUAAAAGUUCCUAAAACCAACAGAAAUUGGUUAUGGCCACUAAGAUAUUAUGGUUGAAGUAUAUAAAUCCUUUUUUCAUUGCUCCUCGAUUUAUUGGAAUCUUUUAUCCUGAAUAAAGAGAAGAAAGUUAGGUUAUACUGAAGUAAGGAAAUUCUAAAUUCUAGAUGAGAACAUUUUUGUUCCUCUGCAAUAAUGCACAACAAAAGCCAUUUUGCGUUGGAUUUAGACACCUUUUAAAACCUGCUGUAGGCUAUGCUCGACUAUUCAGUGAGUUAUGAUCUUGAUGCUAGAUUUACAUUCACACUACAUGGAAGUAUCACUGCCUGUUCAACCAAGUUUAUAAUUAAGGUCCAUAUCCAGCACUACUGUACAUCUUCUGCACUCACCAUGCAUGCAAUCAUUGACAUGCAUUGAAAUGUAAUAUGUCUGCUGAUGAAAUGUGCAGUGUAGAAUCUAGCCAGUUUACCAAAUACUGUUCUGAUUUACAACAUUCCAGUGUGCAUCCACAACUUGUGAGUUAAUGUUGUCAAACAAGUAUUCAUUUGAUGUCUGUCAGCCUUUAUAAUAAAGUGCUUGCUAUGAAUGUUAUGACCCUCGGGUUUCAUGAGAUGCCUUGACAAAUUUGUAGGCAUUUGACAUAGCAGUCUUCUGUUGCCACAUGCUGAAUAUGAAUAUAUCGCCUAGAGUAUCUAGUGAAUUUCAUAUAGUUUACUAUGGAAGUGCCUCUCUCCCAACAAAAUUACAUAUGUACAUUUUGAAUAUCAGGAAACAGUGUGAGAUCAUGGGCCAUUUCUUUUUAAAUAUUUCUGAAAUCAUAUUGUACAUAAAAAAGACAAACUCCUAUUGGCCAAUCCCAAGUGGCACCAACUUUAUUUGUUGGUCACUUUUGUGAUAGAAAAAUAGUUAAGUAGAUAUGUAAGUUAACAUCAGGCAUUUAUUUUAUGAAUCUUUGUUUAUGUAGCAUUGUUCAACAAUGUUGCAUUUCAUUUUUUAUAGUUGCCAUAUGAUCUGCAAAUACUUAAAAAUGAUGGACCAUCAGGUUAUAGUUUUUAAGACUCUGGAGAACUUCUUUGAUCACUCAAAGUUUAACAUUGACCAAAAUUAAGUCCAGGUUAUUGGACCUACACAACUUUCUUGCACGUUGAGUAUUUUUUUAGUCUUUGAGGUAGCUUUCAUACAACAAAUAUAAUUACAAAGUGGUAGUUCCUGUCAGUAAAUGUCACUUGUAUUUGAAGGAGUAUUGCUUGCUAUAAGUCAGUCACACCAGAGGAAAAAAUAUUUCAUGUAAAUUUUACAAUGUUAAAAAUAUGAUCAUUUUAUCAGUUUUGUGCUACUUUCUUUUUAAUUUUGAUGUUGUGUAGGAAUGUUUCAAGGAAUUACUGUAACAUUAUAGUUUAUUAAACCAUUUUUAGAUAUUGUGUUUAUUGUAUAGGAAUCUGGUUGAAGUAAAGACUUUCCACCUUUUAAAAUUUUGAGUGUUCAAAAGGUGGUCUAGAGUACAUGAGUACGUAAGGAACUUGUUCUCAGUGAUGGUAUUUGUGAAUUGAGGAGUUAGAAGAGUUAAAAGCAGCAUAGUCCUGCUGCCCAAGUUAUGAGAUCAGUUGAACUUGAUCAUGUGUACAUUUUAAGAUAAGAAUGUAUGACAUGCUAUAAUGAAAGGGAGACUGCAAUAAAAAUAGGGAUUUAUCUUUUUCCCACAAGUAAUAACACUAGAAUUUUAUUAUAUCAACUAUUGCCACAUCCAGUGAGUCUUUUUUCAAUUUCAUUUGACAAAGAUAUUGGUUCUUUAGCUUUAGUAAAGAUACAUUUAUUUAAUGGGAUAUUAGAAAGGAAAAAUAAUGUUUAAAAAUUUGUUGCUGUGGUAAGGGCUUGUUGUUUACAGCAAUUUAUGUAGUAUAAUAAAAAAUCUAAUAUAAAACAAUGCUCACCAGGGACUUUAUGACAAUGAAUCAUAAACUUUUAUUUCUAUUAAGUAAUGUACCCUGCCAAUUAUGUAAAUUUGCAGUACAGUAGUACAUACACAGAUCUGCAAUUUUUAAAAGUCAUUGAGAUUGUGUUUGGCUGAACAUUUACACAUUAUAUUCUAUGUAUGCAAAGAUCUCACAUAUGUUUUUUGCAACCUAUAUUGUAUAAGCAUUAAAUCUAUGUUAUUAAGAUUUAGAUAAGAAAACAUGAAUGAUCUUUAAAGAUGGAUUAUAUUGGCAAUAUAAUACAUUAUUGAAAAGCCAGAAGGGAAAAUGCUUCAGGAGUUAUGGGGAUUUUAAGAAUUUUAAGAUUGUUUCCCAUAAAGUUUACUUUUUCUGUAGUUAAGCAAUCCAAAUUUAAUCUUUACAUAAAUUGAGUACUAGUUUGCACUUAGUUGUUUAGUUGCAUUCUUAUGAACAGUGUACAAAGCAUAACUUGAAAAUUGUUACAGUAAAUCCUAAACAACAGUGUUUCUUCUAGUAUGAAUGACUCUCAGUUGUCUCCUAAAGCCAAAGGACAUAUGUCAAGCUUAUUUGGUCUAAUAAGAAUUUUAGUGUCAUGAGAUGUGGGAAGAGCAGAAUUGCAUCUCUUGUAGGGUAGUAUUUGUCACUGCUUUAUUAAGUCAUUGUUGAGUUUAAGGAGUAUAAAAGGGAAGUUCCUUCAAGUGUUUUGGUUUUUAAAUUCCAUCAAAUAGAUUAUCAAAUGUGCAAUGUCAAAUUUCACAUUAAAUGUUAUGAAUGUACAUUUUAUGAUGGGUGCCCCCCAAAAACAGCACAGUAGUAUGUGCAAUAUUAUGAACUGGCUUCAGUAAUUGCUCACACUCGAUGUUUAUUUUCAAAAGGUAGAUUUUUACUAAGAUGAAUGGCAUACCAAGGUUUUCUCUUAAAUGGAGAGUAGUAGAUUAUAUAAAAUUUUCAUUUGAGAUUAUAGUACUGCAUAAUCUAAUGUUAUACUUUCUGUGUUCACUUUGCAAUGAUUAAUCUUUGUGAACAUUUUUUCUUUAAUUCAUGAUCUCAUUCUAAAUGUUUCUCUGGGUAAAUUUAGUUCCUUAUCUGUAUGUAAUGAUAUCAUCUAGAAUUUUGUGUGCAAAAUAUUCAUUCAAGUCUGAAAAUCAAGUUUUUUUCAUAGAUAUUAUCACUUGUAGUUGUUAUGAAGUAGCUUCCAGGGGAGAGUACUGAACAGUAAUGUAUCUACAAAGAAUACCAGUUUUUAUAGUUUCUGGGUAAUGGGUUUUGCUACAACCACAUUGUUACUAGCCAAACCUAAAGCACAUGGAGGUUUUGUUGUUGCUCUAAGAAACAAGGAAUUUUUCCCAUUCUGCUGCUUAUGACCCAAACCCAACCUCAAUAAAUGUGCAUUAGUGGUGCCAUAAAUGAUGACAGAAGUGCACAUUGUGUUACCUCAGACUGUUGUGUAAAUGAAAAGUUUUCAGAGAAUUGUAAGUCAUGUGAUUGUUGAGCUGUGUUUCAGAGUAUUUUGGGUAUUCUUAGAAAACAGUGUGAUACAAGAUGUUUGGGACUUUUUAAGUGUGAUUCUCUUUGAAAACACGAUUAUGCUGUAGCGAUGAGUACUGUAUUAGGUCUUAUAUAGUGAGGUAUGGAAUCAUGGGCAUUUGGGAUAGCGACUUAUGUUGCUGUAGGUAUUGCUUUAUGCUCAAUGUAAGUUUUUUUUAUCAUGCUUUAAUUGUCUUUCGAUUCUUGAACAUUUGAUUUUUGUGAGUGCUUUUAAUGUUUGAUAUGAUCAGUCACUACUAUGUUAAUGCUGUGUCACACCUGCAAAUGACCUUUUCUUGUUGCUGUUAUUAUUCCAGGUAACAAAAAGUUGCCUGUGUUGCUCUUCCUGGAUGACUACAAUGGCCUUCAUGUGUGCUAGCAUUACUAUUUUUUUUAUGUUUACUUCUGUAAUUGUUGCAGCUCAAAGCCAGCACCAGUUUUUAUUGAUCACCUUGUGUUUCAUUUCCAGUACAGUAUACUCCCCAGACUGUUUUUUUAAUAACAUCAGAAAUGUUUUUUUUUUUUAUUUUUAAACAUUGGGAGCUUUGAAAUAAAUGAUUUUCUGAAAUAUUAGAGAUUUGCAGUCUGUGAUCAGCAAGUCCAUUUUCCAUCAUACAGAAUUUAAAUCUAAAGUUCAACAUGGUGAUGUAACAUAAUACAGUAACCACUUGUAAUGAGGCAUUUGUUAAGAAAGUAUUUAUAAAUUGAGAUUUUUAUGAGCUGCUAUUGAACCAUUUUAUUUCUAGUUCUUUGAUUACAAAGGCCUCAAAAAACUGAUCUCUGCAACUGAAGUCGUCUUCUACUCUUUCCUGCACUGAUUAUCAUUAGGACACAAUGUCGUCAAAUUUUUCAUCUAACUCUUCAUACCAAAGAGAGAUACAUAUGAUCUCAAAACUAUGUAUAAAGUUGGCUUUUUUUUUCUUAUAUAGUGUAUAUUGUUUGUACAGUACAUAUAGAUACACAUGUAAAGUUUAUGUACAUGUAUUCUCAUGUGUACAUACAGAUAUACACGCACCAUACAUAGGUACAUACUUAUAUAUUUCAAUCAAGUGUUGGUUUAUAGUGCUCUUACAUAUGUGGUAGGGGUUUUACUAUCUAACAAUUUAUAAGCAAGUGAUCAUGUAGGAAGUCCAGCACGGUACCCCACACUGCAGUACAUACAUACUUCAAAUGCAGUUGGUCAAACAAUGUGUUUGCGAAGUAACUGCUUGUAGUUCUCAUCAGAUCUAAUAUAUGGCAAAAGCAAAGUGAACCAGCACUUAAUUGUCAUACUUUAUUUUUACUUUAUUCCACUGUUACAACGGCAUAUUUAAUUUAUUAGUAAUUAUGGAAGAAAGAUUAUAUAUGAAUAGAUACAUAUAUGUAUUAUUUGGUUAUUUUCAUUGUUCCUCUAUAUUCAGGGUUGCCUUCCAGUUCUCUCAGUGUCAGGCAUUUCAUUUUUGUUAUAUGUUUACUCAUUAGUUCCCAGUUUUGUUCCCUCAUUUUAUUUCUUAUGCAAACAAGUACAACUCAGUGAAAUACUGAACUGUAGUUUAUUUUGGUCAAUAUAGGAUUCCUUUGGUAUUUUUUAUUUUUUUGUAAUUUGAAAUGAUACCUGCUAUCUGAAUUAGAACUCUUUCACUGAAGAACUCUAGGACAACUUUAAAUUUUCCGAGCAACGAAGAAAUCUUCGUAAGUACAGUAUAACCCUUGUCGUGAUGUAGAAGAUUUCUUCCAAAAUGUAGAUACUGAGAUCCAUUCCUUUCAAUGUGGCUUAUAAUGUACCAGAGAUUCCUGUUGGAGUAAAUGUAGUACUGAUAAAGUACGAAUUUGGUAUUUUUUCUUAAAACAGCACUCGUAGGUUAUCUAAUCAUAACAGUGAAUAUUGUGAUUGAUAACUUGGCUGUUUACAUUUAUGUAAAGUUCAAAACUUCUCUGACAGAAUCAGGCAGCAUUCAAAACCUAGUUCUCAAAAUAAACCUUACCAGUAAACUGUGUUGUCCUGAAAUAAUGAAUAAAUUGAUAUCAUUUUUUAUUUUUUCCAACAUAUCAGUCCUAUGUGAACUGACCCAAAAAAAUGUCACUGUAAAACUAGAAGUGUUUUCAUUGUGGUAAUUUUCAUGCAGUACUUGCCUGUAGAAUUUUUGGGUUAUGGAUGCUGUGCUCCAUCUGGUAUCAUUAUGCCAAGGCAAGUGCCAUCCUAAGUAACAAAGGUUGUUACAGGUGAAAUAAUUAUCUUUGUACCGACAAUGGAAAUAAAUGUAAUUGUUAGA